AGAUUGUGUGACUGAAUCGCUCAAGCCUGCCUGACGUACGUGACCACCACCCUCUACUGUAGCUGUCGUACCGCCGCUGUGAUAUGCAACCGUGUCCUUCUGUCCUUUGACUUUUUAACACGCCUUAUUAUUACUAUUAUUAUAUUUACUGUAACAUUGCUCGCGGAACUUUUAUCUUCUUAUCGACGUCACUAAACUGGCGACAUUUAUUAAUACGAUAGCGAAAAUGUUUGCUUGGUCGCACCCUGAAGUGACCACAAGUUAGGAAAUUCUAUAAAAUAUCAUCCCAUGCUUGUACUUAAAUUCAAAAAAAUUAUAAGACCUAAAACCUUGUGUUAAAAAAGAGUCACGUUUAGGCAAACCGUCUUUGCGGUUACGAAAAAACCGUCGCGCACUUUGCGUCACUCAAGCUUGAGAGUUGUGAGAGGACACCGACCACAGCCAGCAAGAUGGGGCGGAAGAAGAUACAAAUCUCGCGCAUUACAGAUGAGCGAAACAGACAAGUCACGUUCAACAAGCGCAAGUUCGGCGUCAUGAAGAAGGCUUACGAGCUUUCGGUGUUGUGCGACUGUGAGAUCGCUUUAAUUAUAUUCUCCUCCAGCAACAAACUUUAUCAGUACGCCUCUACCGACAUGGACAAGGUGCUGCUCAAGUACACUGAGUACAACGAGCCUCACGAAUCUCUCACCAACAAAAAUAUCAUCGAGGUAACAUUCACCAAACGCAAAUUUGGACUCAUGAAAAAAGCGUACGAGCUGUCGGUGUUGUGCAAUUGCGAGAUAGCCCUCAUCAUCUUUAACUCGAGCAACAAACUCUUCCAGUACGCGUCAACGGAUAUGGAUAAAGUCCUACUAAAGUAUACUGAAUACAACGAACCUCAUGAAUCCCGCACCAACAAUGACAUUGUCGAGGCGCUCAAUAAGAAGGAGCACAAGAACGGCCUACAGUCCCCAGACUCCCCAGACAACGAGGCAGACUACAGUCUCACGCCUCGCACUGAGGCAAAAUAUGACCAGAUUGAUGAAGAGUUCACCAUCAUGAUGCAGCGAUCACAGAUCAACGGUGCUAGGACAGCUAUACUCAUGUGCCGUGUCUUGGCUGCUCUACUCGUGUGCGGUGUCUUGGCUGCUAUACUCGUGUGCCGUGUCUUGGCUGCUAUACUCGUGUGCCGUGUCUUGGCUGCUAUACUCGUGUGCCGUGUCUUGGCUGCUAUACUCGUGUGCCGUGUCUUGGCUGCUAUACUCGUGUGCCGUGUCUUGGCUGCUAUACUCGUGUGCCGUGUCUUGGCUGCUAUACUCGUGUGCCGUGUCUUGGCUGCUAUACUCGUGUGCCGUGUCUUGGCUGCUAUACUCGUGUGCCGUGUCUUGGCUGCUAUACUCGUGUGCCGUGUCUUGGCUGCUAUACUCGUGUGCCGUGUCUUGGCUGCUAUACUCGUGUGCCGUGUCUUGGCUGCUAUACUCGUGUGCCGUGUCUUGGCUGCUAUACUCGUGUGCCGUGUCUUGGCUGCUAUACUCGUGUGCCGUGUCUUGGCUGCUAUACUCGUGUGCCGUGUCUUGGCUGCUAUACUCGUGUGCCGUGUCUUGGCUGCUAUACUCGUGUGCCGUGUCUUGGCUGCUAUACUCGUGUGCCGUGUCUUGGCUGCUAUACUCGUGUGCCGUGUCUUGGCUGCUAUACUCGUGUGCCGUGUCUUGGCUGCUAUACUCGUGUGCCGUGUCUUGGCUGCUAUACUCGUGUGCCGUGUCUUGGCUGCUAUACUCGUGUGCCGUGUCUUGGCUGCUAUACUCGUGUGCCGUGUCUUGGCUGCUAUACUCGUGUGCCGUGUCUUGGCUGCUAUACUCGUGUGCCGUGUCUUGGCUGCUAUACUNCGGGGUCUGGGAAUGUUAGACAUGAACGCCGCGUCUAACGGGUACCCAGGCUCCACGUCCCCCUUGCCCUCAGGGGGCGCGUCAUCCCCUGGUCUGCUCGCUCGUGCCCACACCUCCAAACAACAGCAACAUCAGUCCCCUACAGGUCCCCACCUCAGGGUCCUUAUCUCCAACUCCCAACACGCGGGAGCGUCAUCCACCCCUGGCGGUGGAGGAGGGGGAGGUCAGGUCAGUCAACAGAUGAGUUAUUCCUCCCUCAACAACUUCCAGCCUCAGGAGUUCCUCAACGCUGACCUCGCACUCAACAUCAACUCCUUGCAGCAACACUGGAACCCCGGAGUGCUACAGCAAGGCUUGGGCAGCAUGAUAUCGUCGAACCUUCCCCAACUGAGUAUCUCAAGCUCUUCGCCUCCUCCCACUUCUUCCCCACCUGUCAGAAUAAAAGCUGAACCCAUCAGUCCCCCUCGUAGUGAACCCCACCAUAACAACAGCAACAACCACCACCACCACAACAACAGCACUAAUAACGUCAGUCAACAACAGCUUUUAACGCGGCCAUCUAACAACGAUACCGGACACUUGUCUCCACUACCGCAGCAACAACAGCAACAACAUUUGUCACAUCAUCAACUGCAACAACACCAACAGCAGUUGCAGCACCAUCAACAACAACAGCAGCAUCCACAGCAUCAUCAUCAUCAGGCACUAUUUCCUCAUCACGAUGCUGGUCACCUGACGCCUUCGUCACACUCGUCUCCUGAGCCGCUCGGGUCGCACACUCUGGACUACGAAUCGUCGCCGCUGAGCAAGAAACCUCGUCUCAACGACGGCUGGUCCACUUAGUGCCGGUCCCAGGCACUCACUCUUGCACUCACCUACACCACGUCACUCUAACAGUGAACUCCACGUCACUCUAACAGUGAACUCCACGUCACUCUAACAGUGAACUCCACGUCACUGGUACUAGUGACGUGGACUCAAUAUGGACUCAACAGUGAACUCAAUACCCAGAGGUUACUCACUGAAUUAUUCACUGACGGAUGAAUUUUCGUUACAGGGAUAUCACAAAAAAAUUAAGUCGUGCGAGUAUUUGUUGCGAGAAUAAGGCGACGUAGGACCACAAUACACAAUCACGCUACUUUCCUACAGAUCCUUCGUCACGGUAUUAAUGUUAUUCGUUAUAAUUGACCAGCGAAAUUCCGACAUGGCGAGCGUUUAUGUCAUAAUAAUCUUUGUGAACUUGUGAAGAAAUUGUGGAACUCAAUUUAUUUCGGAAGCGUCGACGGGCACUUUGACUCACGAAUCAUCAAUUUUUGAUUCGGCCCCUGCAAAGGAUGCUGAUUUCAAGCAGAUAAACGUGGAAGUUUUUCUUUUCAAAGUGGUACCAAAAUCUUGUCUAACUCGUUACAUUGGUGAGCGCUGUUGAAAGUGACAAGAUCUUGUGACUUAUUUUAGGCGAAUAGCUUUAAUGAAAACACUGGAAAAUGUCUUUAUGAUGAAUCAUGAACGUAACUGUGACGGCUUCUAACUACGACGUCACUCAACAAGCUGGCCUGAAGCCUCUUCUGUACAAAAAGCUCACCAGUCAACACACUCGUGCCCAAACUCUACGUAGGACCACGUACAGAUUUUUCCACGAUUGAAUCCGCCCUGAAGUUUUUACGUGAAUCCGAUAACUCUCAGUAGAUAGCAAAGGAGGCAAUAUAUUGAGCUGCUAACUGGUUUAAGAGUGUGAAGGGUAGCCCCUUCACCCUCUUAAGGGUAGCCUUAGUUUGUUAAUCAAUUCACGGCGUUUUAGGGAUAGUUUAACCGAAGAGUCCGGCAAGGAAGGGUUGAGAUAUACGCGCGUCCGGAGCAUUUCUGUCGUGUUUAUUGAUGUUUGUGUUCUGUAUAGAAAGUCAGUGUACAACUACGGUUCCUUUCAAUGUUUGGUGAGUGUCAAUUCGAAGAAAAUUAGUGUACCUCCAACACGUGAAAUCGAUGUGUUUUUGUGUUCACGAGACUCCCGAUAUAUUUCGGGGAAUUUCCUGUCACAUGCAUUCUCUUGACAGCCUAGCAAAUUUUAUCUAAAGCUUUUAAAUUAAAAAAUGAUAAAUAGUAUAACUAAAUUGCUUCACUAUAUUGAUUAGAACUCAUUUUCAAAUGAACGCUAUGCUAUAACAGAAUAGAUUUUUGUGAAAGUUUGUUACAAAUUUAAAAUUUAUGAUUAGCACUUAGCCAAGUUCAUAUAUUCUAUGGUCGAAUUGUUUCUAUUUAAUGAAAGUUAUAUUGUCCAUUAGGCUACUAAUAAAUGAAACUACGGCUAAAUAAAGUAUCCACAUUAUAAGCAAUGCAUACUACAUAUCGAAACACCAACUGUCAUUACGAAUCCUACCGUCAACUGUGAAAAUCUUGGCGUGGUUUUGCUGGUUGUUUUGCGAUAGGUUCUUGUAAAAAAUUGUUGUUCGACGUUGAUAUAUUGUCAUAGCUUAAAAAUUUGCCGGGAACGAUUCAAUUUUGUUCUUUUUUUCAUAGAAUAUUGAGGAAAGUUCACAUCGGCUGAGUCGAGAUUUCUCGCCCUCAUCUUGAGUUGAAAAGCAUCGAAAUUUUCUUAUUAUAUUAUCGAUAUAAUUUUCCUUAACAAAAACGACUUGAAGUGUCAUAUGAGUUGGCAUUAUUAGUUAACUGCUCAGUGCUGAUUUCUGGUAGAAUUUUAAUGACAUUUUUUAAGUUUUACGAUGACAAGCCAACGUGAUUGCCGCGCGAGUGAAAGUCCAUGCAGAAGCUUUUAAGGCCGCCUGUGCCUCUUCAUGUAAUGAGAUAUUCUACGUAUAUAUUUUAUGAGAUAGAAGAGCUAUUCUAUUAAGACGAGUGCCAUGUGUCCUUCCUUGUCCGCUUCCGUAGUACAAUUCAAUAACAAAUCUGGAUGACGUAACGUAGGGUUUUGGUUUGUAGAGAAAUAAAUUUCGUCCUGACCAGGUCGCAGAGUUCGUUACUGCAACUACAGGUUCCUGCUCGUGCAGGUUCCUGCUCGUGCAGGUUACUGCUUGGGCAGGGACCUAUUCGUGCAGGUUACUGCUCGUUCAUGUUCAGGUCUCAGAGGCGCACUCAGACGUUUCUCAAAUAAAUUUACUUUAUCAGGUAUAAAUGAAUGUGUAAUCUUAAUUCAAUGAAAGUGAAUUAAUUAACGCUGAUAGUUUCGUGCAGUUAUCCCUUGAUAUAAAAACAUAGAAUUUUCUGCGUACGAGCGGCAAGCUUCCGUACGAAUCCAUUUAUCGAAACAAUUUGAGUGUCGGUCUUUGUAACGAACCGAGGACAUUCAUUCGUGUUAUCAAGAGAGAUUUGUUCGCCAUUGUGCAAAGCAAAAAAAAAUUGAUUGCAGUUUCGCCUGUACCUUUAACUUGAGACGAGUGCGCCUGUAGUGACUUAAUGUCUAUUAUUAAGAUAAGUAAAUUUACAGAAGGUAAGGUCAGUCUGCUCAUUGAAGUUUCGCGGUUGUCAAUCAUAAAGGUUGUUACCAAAAGCACAGCCUGGUCCUGGCGCCCAUAUAAGAAUUAAAUUUCAUGGAAAAUACGCCCCUACAUCCUCCAGUGGUCUACGUCCUCUGUUACUUUUGAUAUGUAAAAAAAUCAAUAUAUUUAUCCUAGUCUUUUACGUGUAAGAUGGUCUUUAGCUCUCCUAGAGAAUACCUCACAUGUGGCCUAUGCGUUUUGCUUGCUUGCUUCGAUAGCUCAAUGUACAUACUAAGCCUACACGAUACUAUAGCAUAGUCUUGCCUCAACCAGAGGGACGAUCUAACUUCUAUUAAUCUCCAGAGACAAGAGUUUUGUACAUAAAUGUGACUGAUUUCUUGAUAUGGAGGCCGCUACUGUUUCUAAUGAUGUUUAUAGCUCUGAAGCUGUUAUUUUUGAUGCUGGCACUGUACAGAGAACUAAGAUAUGGUUUAGUAAUAGAUAUUGUUUAAGUAACCGGCACUUCCUAAAGCUCGUCCCCGCCAUAUCCAUCUUCUUUUGUGAAGAGCUUUCUAUUUCGACCACGAGAGUGACCUGUAAAUCCUACUCAUAUAUUUGGUGGACUAAUGUCCAGUUGUCAAUUAACUCCUGAAACUCAUCAGGAUAUUCUUGUUUGUCUCUGCCCUGAUCUUUAAAAAUCGUGGCACGAAUUUUGUCAACGUAAUUCAUUUACGUUAAUAAACCAGCGCGCGCUUCUAAAAUGCUUUCGUGGGAUUGAAACCACAGUAAACAUUUCCAUAAAACUUCAGACUCUUUUUCAUUUCCGGCACUUGCCCGCCUAACCAUUCGGCACAAAAUUUUUUCCCUAUUGUUCGAGGGUGAAAUCGGUCAAGAGGGUUUCGGCAGAGCGCGAUCACAUUGAUACGUCACGGCAGUGACAUUGAUAACAUAGUUAUGUCAUCUAGAAGGAUCGAAAGCAGUUUUAGAUUUACUAGUGAAUGUUUCUUAUGAUACAAUCCAAUCAAUUGCCUUUUCACCUUAUGUGUCGGGAAGGAACACGUUCAUUCUUCUGAAGCAUAUGAAUCCAAUGAGUAUAAUGGCUAUCAGUAAAGCAGAUUCAUCCUGAUGAACCUGCGUAAAAAAUAAAUAGAAUACAAUUUUCUUCCAAAUUUUAGCAUUGGCUUCAUUUAUCUAAUUUGAUCGCCGUUAGGAAGGUAGUAGUCUGAGGCAGGAACCGUCGUGCGCUGAGCGACCAUUUCUGAGGCGCAUGCAGGAGAGGGAAUGCACUUUAUGUUUUUUUUCUGUUGCCACAAAAACUAUAACCACAGAAAAAACUUGGCCGCCAUGUUUUUAUCUGUAAUCUACUUAUACGAAUAUGCUGAGCCACCGUAUUUCUGGUAGAACUUAGUUUACGUUCGGUGCAGUAAUGCCAUAUACGUUCGAUAAUUAAAAGAGAAGUUAAAUAACCACUUAUUGUCCAAUGUCCGAUAAAUGGAGAAAUAAAAAUUGUUUACAGCAGUGGAGGAGCAAUAGUUGUUUAUUAUUGGAGUGUGUGUUUUCCUUUGCUUCUUACGCUUCUUGAAUGAGGCUUAUGGAGUUCCCUGUUCAUGUUAAUUCAUAUUAUAAAAAAAUUCCGGUCUGCAUCCUAAGAAUGGCUGAUGGAUUUUAUGUGUAGCAACUGUAAUUUUCGUUCGGUGUCUUUGACGCUGCGGAGGAAGGCGUUGUCGUCUACUGCAUAAUUCGUUACAAGAAAUGAGGGACUAAAGAAAUGAAAUCUUUUCGCGUUGACUGCACGCACUUGUGUGCAAGUUUGUGGAUUAGUUUUCUCACAUUUGUAAAUAUGUGUAAAACAGUACAAAAGUGUUGCUUA